UUCCCUCCCGCUUCCUUUUCCAGCAGCGCCUGCGAUCAUGGCGGACGUUGUGGCGGAGCAGAUAGUGAAGCCUGUCCACGAAAGGGAGCUCAACGGGGACGCCGAGGUCCGGGAAGUGCCCGACCCAGUGGACGAGGCAGCAAAAAAGAAGAAGAAGAAGAAGAAAAAGGGCAAAUCUGCAACAACUGCUGUGGAGCCUGAGGUGGACGGCGUGGCGGCGGACGGCGUGGCGGAAGUGACUAAGCAGCUGGAGAAGCAGGUGAUCGAGGACAAGGAGAAGGACGAAGAAGGCGAGGAGGAUGGAGACGACGGCGAAAACGCAGCAGGGAAAAAGAAGAAGAAAAAGAAGAAGAAGAAAGGAUCCAAAGCUCAGACAGAUCCUCCAUCUGUUCCCAUCUGUGAGUUGUACCCAAACGGCGUGUUUCCCAUCGGACAGGAGUGUGAAUAUCCCGUCUGUCAGGACGGUCGGAGUGCGACGUGGCGUAUGACCAUGGAGGAGAGGCGGGUGAUGGACAAAGCCAACGAGGAAGUGUGGAACGACUUCCGGCAGGCGGCCGAGGCCCACAGACAAGUUCGGAAACACGUCCGCAGCUUCCUGAAACCUGGACUCACCAUGAUAGAGAUCUGCGAGCGUCUGGAGGAUUGCUCCCGUAAGCUGAUAAAGGAGAACGGGCUGAACGCCGGGCUGGCCUUCCCCACCGGCUGCUCCCUCAACCACUGUGCAGCCCACUACACCCCCAACGCGGGAGACGCCACCGUCCUGCAGUACGACGACGUCUGCAAGAUCGACUUCGGCACACACAUCAACGGGAGAAUCAUUGACUGUGCCUUCACCGUCACGUUUAACCCAAAGUACGACAAGCUGCUGGAGGCCGUGCAGGACGCCACCAACACUGGAAUCAAAAACGCCGGCAUCGAUGUGCGUCUGUGUGACGUUGGCGAGGCGAUUCAGGAGGUGAUGGAGUCCUACGAGGUGGAGCUCGAUGGGAAAACAUACCAAGUGAAACCAAUCAGAAACCUGAACGGUCACUCCAUCGGCCAGUACAGGAUACAUGCUGGGAAGACGGUUCCCAUCGUUAAGGGAGGCGAAGCCACCAGGAUGGAGGAGGGAGAGGUUUACGCCAUCGAGACGUUCGGCAGCACGGGGAAAGGCGUCGUCCACGACGACAUGGAGUGCUCCCACUACAUGAAGAACUUUGACGUCGGCCAUGUUCCAAUCAGGCUGCCGCGAGCGAAGCACCUGCUGAACGUGAUCAACGAGAACUUCGGCACGCUGGCGUUCUGCCGCCGCUGGCUGGACCGCCUGGGCGAGAGCAAGUACCUGAUGGCGCUGAAGAACCUGUGCGACCUGGGCAUCGUGGACCCCUACCCUCCGCUCUGCGACACCAAGGGCUGCUACACGGCUCAGUUCGAGCACACCAUCCUGCUCCGGCCCACCUGCAAGGAGGUGGUGAGCCGAGGAGACGACUACUGACCCCGACCCGACCCGACUGUUCCACCCUCACCGCUCCUCCAGACACUGAUUGAGAAACAGCAGAACAGAGCCGUUUUAUUCAGAAGAGUCAUUAAAACUAUGAGAAAUAUUGUUGUAGGCUGCCUACAAUGCACUCCUCACAGCUUCCAAGGAGAGAUAAAACCCAACAGCAAACUUUGGACCUCGUUUAGAAAUGUGUUACAGCCACCAGCGAACUCGGUGCGACCCCCAGUAUUCAGAGAAACGCAAAUCCAGAACCUCCCUGUCAGGUUUAAUGACUCCACCCUGAGACCUUAGUUCCAUAAUCAACGAAGAUAUGGAUGAUUUUAGGAAGGAUUCAGCUCAAUGCAUGAUGGGAAAUCACUGCAUACAGACUUUACUCUACAUUUAAGCACGGGUUGCCGUAGUAAUAGACGCCAUCUUCAUUCAGACUGCAGCAGUGUGUCCGGCUCCUGUCGCUACAGGAAGGAAAUCUGCACUCUGACCCUCCUGUCUGUAAAAUAUCAUAGAAAAGCGGCCACAACGACUGUAUGCUCCCAGUUAAGAUGCUUCAUCUGGAACUCUCCUUGGAAAUGUUUUUGUAAGAAAAAAAGAUUGAUUAAAAUAAUUUUUGCUCA